AUGAUGGAUUGGACCCUUGACCCGAGUCCCGCUAUCUACAGCGAAGCUUUAGGCUUAGGCCAAGAAAAUAUCACCGCCAAGUCCGGCCACAAGCUCUCCACCCGCAAUGCUGACCCCGACCCCACUCCCUCGGUCCCCCCCAGAAUGGUCGUCAAAAGCCCCUCCCACGACGACUCCCCGCCUGCUGUCCCCUUUGACUCUAACCUCUUCCUUGAACACAUGCGCUGCCCCCACGCCGAACCCAUCGCCAAAUACCUGCGCUUGUUCCUCAAAGAAUUCACUAAACGCACCACCCAUCCGCCCAAGACCACCGGCGUCGCCGAGCAGGUCAAGGUCGUCAACAACUUCCUUGAUGUGCGGCUCUCUUACAUCUAA